AUGGAUAUUCCAAGGAUACUAGAACACCUCAACGAUUUUCACCAGAAUCAAAACGAUCAAAGCAAAAUCCCUGACUUUAGCCUUGAAUUAAAGCACUUAUUGGCUGAAUCAAAUAAAAUCCUUAGCAGCGUUGGGACUGAUGUCAGUUGGAACAGCAUGAUUAGUAGGAUUAAUGAUCUUCUUCCAAAACCUCCUAAUCACAAAGAAAUUAAUUUUUUUAGCUUGCUGGCGGCAUAUGCAAAUUCAGCUCGACUAAAUAUAAAUAUUCCUGCGACCCUUAUCCUAUAAUACCUUAAAUGGCCCAUUAAGCAUAAUCUUUAUUUAAAAUUAUAUAACAUAAUAAAUAAAAAAAACUUUAUUUUUGCAUAUUUUAAAUAAACUAUAAUGGCAAUUUAAAAAAAUAUUAUAAAGAGAAAUUUAGAGGCAAAGGCUAUAUAAAAUCAGAAUCUUUGCCAUCUUUUAUGCUAAUUAAAGCAAACCAAAAUAAUUUAAUUGAAUCAAGAGAAUGCACAGAAAAUGAAUUUUUUAGCUUUACUAAUGAAAGUAAUAGUGUAGGAUAUCCAUGCUAUUGCUAUAAAAAUUCUAAUAAAGAAAUCACAGUUGCAUUCUCAAAAGAAACAGUUGCAAAAUUAUGAAAAUCAGCCGGCGAUAAUAGCUUGAUACAAUUUUUCAUACAAAGUAACGCAAAUCCUGCCUCAGUUACAAGGGUGUUAUGGAGAAAAGGAGAAAAAAACAAAUAUUUCACUAUAAUUAACAAAAAACUAGCCACAAAAAAAGAGCUCCAUCAUCACCAUUCUUCAAGCUUGUCAACUAAAAAAUCAAAGCAUGCUAUUUGCAGAUAUUCUGCUACCCAAUGGCCUAUAGCAACAUCAUCUAAUCCAAUAAAACAUUUUCCAAUUCGAAUGAAAAAUGAUAAAAAUUUGCCAGAUCUCCAUGCUUCUUGCAAACUAAAGAAUAAAGCCCAUAAAGAUGAUAUUUUUAAAACUUUUGGAAAUGAUAUUCCCAAAUAAUAUUUAUAAAAAUUAUUUAUAGCUAUAUGAAAUAUUGAAGCAAAUACUUAAAGCUAUAGGGAUUUCCAAUAGAUAGCCCUGUAAGGGCUGUGGAUUAUGGGCGGAGUCCCUUGGUUGGUGAACCAACUAGUGAGCUGGUCCGAUUAACGUAGGACUAACUUAAAGAUUUGGCCCAGAAUCGAAAGCCCUUAAGGGGUAUCUAGGGGAAAACCCUAUACUUUACAAAAUCUGUUAGAAGCUACGAUAAUUUAGCAGAAGUAAAUAUAGCUGCACACACAAAUAAUUUCAAAGAAUAUAUUGUUGACACAAAAAAUAUCGCCAGCUGCGUUGCGAGUGAAAGUUUUGUAAAAAUCGAUGACAUUGAGCUUAUGGUUGAACAAAUUGCUGAUUUUUUUACUUAUCAUGUAUUUAAAAAAACAGUAAAAGGGCUUGUUCUUGAUUUUGUGAAGGAUAUUAAUAAUAAAUGAUUUUUACUGGACUGCCGAGAACAUUGAAUUGAUCAAUCAAUGCCUUUAGAAAAAACAAAAAGAAUUAAACUCCCACUUAAAAUAUCUGGAAUCGAUACUUCUGAUAGGUCACAAACUACAGAAACCCGCACAAGUGAUAUUAAUCAUCCAAAUUGCGCAAAAAUAAUGCUUACUCCCCCCCCCCCCCUCCGUGAGCGAACAAAAAAAUUUUGUUCGCUCACGGAGGGGGGUUAAUUUUUUUUUUUAAAAAAAAUUUUUAUAUAUAAAUUUUAUAAAAAAUAUUUUUUUCGAAAUUUAAAAAAAUCCUAAUUUGCAAAAAUUGGGAAGCAAAUAUUAAUUUAAUUUGCAAAAUUUAUGUUUUAAAACGCAAUUUGUUUAAAAUUAAACAGAAUUAGCUCUAGAUUUCAUUAUACUAAUUAUCACUUAUAUAUCAAAAUUUUUUUCCAUUAAAAUUUUUUCUAUUAAAAAAAUUUUUGUUCACUCACGGAGGGUGGGUUUUUGGUCAAAAAAUGGCGAUUUUUCUAAUGGUUUUUGUUCGCUCACGGAGGGGGGGGGGGGGAGUUAGGGUCGACAGGCUAAAUUUAGCGAAAAAAAGAAAAGAAAGCAUCAAAAUGAAAAAUAUUUAUGAAAAAUUCAAACAAAUGAACGAAAAAAUCGACUGUUUAAAUACACAAAAAAGCACGAAAAAUCAAGAUAUAAAUGUUGAAUUUUCUCCUAUAAUUCAGGAUGAAGCAGCUUGUUUAAAAACCUGCAAAAACUUUGUCCCGAUAUUAGAUUUAACCCCAAUAUCUACAUCUCGCUCAAAAAACCGUGACCAAAGUCCUUCUAACGACCCAUUUAUUUGUACAAAAAUGAGAUAUUUUUCAGAAGCUGCAGAACAAAAUGAAGAGCUAAAGCAAAGUGUCAAUAAAAUUAAAAAGAAAAGAGAAAGCUUGAUGAAUAAAUACGGAGGGGAGGGUUUUUGGAGUAAAUUUAUUAUUUCGCUUUAUAAUAAAGUUCUAGGCUGCGAAAUUUUGAAUAAAUAUUUUAAAGACUCAAAAAUUGAGAGCUUUCAGGGGAUUGUGAAAGGGAUGUUUAGGAUUUUUAGUGGAAAUUUGAAUUUGGAGCUAAGAGGAAGAUUGAGGACAGCGCAUCAUAAUUAUGGAAUUAAUGAGAGAGAAUUCAAUUGCUAUGCUGAAAUGUUUUACUUGACGCUAUCUGAGUUUCAGGUAAGUCAAGAUGACAUUCAAGGGAUUAUGUCACAGUUAGGAGCUAUGAAAAGUCUUAUAUGCAAAGAAAUAUAG